AUGGUCACUCAACUCUGGCAGCGGGCCACCGCCUCGCGAAGGCUGGCCAAAUGCCUCCCCCCGCGACUCCUGGCCCGCGGUUUGGCCACCGAGGCCGCUGGCGCCUCCAACCGCAUGCCCCCUUAUCCCAAGAUCCUCCGGAACCUCGAAGAAGUCCGUCGUGUGCUCGGCUCGUCCCGUACUCUCACAUUGGCAGAGAAGAUCCUCUACUCCCACCUGGCCAACCCCGAAGACUCCCUCCUGACCGGUACCAACAACGGACGCGACAUCCGGGGUAAGGCCAACCUGAAGCUGAAGCCUGACCGUGUGGCUAUGCAGGAUGCCUCGGCGCAGAUGGCUUUGCUGCAGUUCAUGUCGUGUGGACUGCCCUCGACCGCCGUGCCGGCCAGCAUUCACUGCGACCACAUGAUUGUGGGUGAGCGCGGUGCCGAUACCGAUCUCCCCGCCUCGAUCAAGGGCAACAGCGAAGUGUUUGAUUUCCUGGAGAGCGCCGCCAAGCGCUACGGAAUUGAGUUCUGGCCUCCUGGUGCCGGUAUUAUUCACCAGAGCGUGCUUGAGAACUACGCCGCCCCCGGUCUCAUGAUGCUCGGAACGGACAGCCACACUCCCAACGCUGGCGGUCUGGGCGCCAUCGCCAUCGGUGUCGGCGGUGCCGAUGCGGUCGACGCUCUCGUCGACGCUCCCUGGGAACUGAAGCUCCCAAGAUCCUCGGUGUGCGUCUGGAGGGCCGUCUCAACGGCUGGGCCGCCCCAAGACAUCAUCCUGCACCUGGCGGGCCAGUUGACGGUGCGCGGUGGUACCGGUUUCGUGAUCGAGUACCACGGUCCCGGUGUCGAGACGCUCAGCUGCACGGGCCAGGCGACGAUCUGCAACAUGGGAGCCGAGGUCGGUGCCACGACGUCGGUGUUCCCCUUCUCGCCCAGCAUGGUGCCUUACCUGCAGGCGACGCACCGCGGCGACGUGGCGGAGGCGGCGGCGCGCAUCGCCAGCUCUGGUCCCAAGAACCUCCUGCGGGCGGACGACGGCGCCGAAUACGACCAGCUCAUCACGAUCAACCUGUCGACCCUCGAACCCCACAUCAACGGUCCCUUCACGCCAGAUCUCUCGGUGCCGUUGUCGCGCUUCGCCGACACCGUGCGCGAAAAGGGCUGGCCCGAGACCUUUGGCGCCGGCCUCAUCGGCAGCUGCACCAACAGCUCGUACGAGGACAUGACCCGCGCCGAGGACCUCGUCAAGCAGGCCCAAGCCGCCGGACUCACCCCCAAGGCCGACUUCUUCAUCACGCCCGGUAGCGAGCAGAUCCGCGCGACGCUGGACCGCGACCAGACUCUGAGCACGUUUUCCGAGGCCGGUGGUACCGUGCUGGCCAACGCGUGCGGACCCUGUAUCGGACAGUGGAAGCGCACGGACGGCGUGGCCAAGGGCGAGGAUAACGCCAUUUUCACCUCGUACAACCGCAACUUCCCCGGCCGCAACGACGGCAAUCGCCGCACGAUGAACUUCCUCGCCUCUCCCGAGCUGGUCACUGCGCUGACCUACUCCGGCGAGACCACCUUCAACCCCAUGACCGACAGCAUCACGACGCCCUCUGGCGAAAGCUUCCGCUUCCAGCCGCCGUCCGGCUCAGCUCUGCCGGACGAUGGUUUCGCUGACGGCAACCCGUCGUUCCAGCCCACGGCGGCCGUGCCCGACCCCACCUGCGAGGUGAAGGUGUCGCCGACGUCGGACCGUCUGGCGCUGCUGGAGCCGUUCGCGCCGUUCCCCAAGGACAACCUGCGCGGCCUGAAGGUGCUGUACAAGGUGAAAGGCCAGUGCACGACGGACACGAUCUCGGCGGCGGGCCCCUGGCUGAAGUACAAGGGUCAUCUGCCCAACAUCUCGGCCAACACGCUCAUCGGAGCAGUCAACGCGGCCACUGGUGAGACCAACGUUGCGUACGACGAGCAGGGCCAGACGUACAGCAUUCCCGACCUGGCGGCGAAGUGGAAGAGCCAGGGCGUGGAGUGGUUGGUGGUGGCCGAGGAGAACUAUGGUGAGGGCAGUGCGCGCGAGCACGCGGCGCUGCAGCCGAGGUACCUCGGAGGACGGGUGAUCGUAGCCAAGAGCUUUGCGCGCAUCCACGAGACGAACCUGAAGAAGCAGGGAGUGGUGCCGUUGACGUUUGCCAACCCGGCCGACUACGACCGGAUCGAUGCCUGCGAUGUUGUCGACACGGUAGGCCUGUACGAGACGCUGCAGGCGGGCGGCCAGGGCGAGAUUUCGCUGCGGAUCCACUUGAUGCACAUCUCUCCACCGGCCCCACAUCUCCACAUUGUAUCUUAUAAAUAUUAUUUCUUCUACUUCUACUUCCACUUCAUGCUUCACAUUCACCACCUCUACACCAUGGAAACCCUCCGUCCUGCCUUCGCCGGCCGUCCCAGGCCGCUCAUCUCCUACGGCCUGCCAUUUGCCGCCGCCGCCGCCCAGCAUGUCAAGCAGACCUUCCACGCCUCUCGCGUCUACGUGAUCUGCUCAGGGUCGUUGGCCCGCAACACCGACACCCUCGCGCAGCUGCAGCAGCAUCUGGGCGCAGACACCAUCGUCGGCGUGCGCAAAGGCAUGCAGAGCCACACGCUGUGGUCCGAGGUGCUCGAGAUCGUCCACGAAGCGCGCGCCGCCCAGGCCGACCUCCUCCUCACCGUUGGCGGGGGGAGCUUGACCGACGGGGCCAAGGUGGUAGCACUGGCCCUAGCAAACAACGUCACCUCCGACGACUCCCUCCUCAAACUCAGCGUCGGCCCCGACCAGCUCCCGUCCAUCAAUCCGCCCACCGUGCCCAUCAUCUCAAUCCCGACCUCCCUCUCCGCCGGCGAAUACUCCAACUUCGCCGGCGCCACGCGCGACUCCACCCGCCGCAAACACUCCUUCCAGGCGCCCCUGCAGGGCCCCCAGCUCGUCAUCCUCGACCCGGACCUCGCCCGCUCCACCCCGCCCCACAUCUGGCUCAGCACCGGCGUCCGCGCCGUCGACCACUGCGUCGAGACCGCCGUCGCCGUCCGCAACACCAGCGCAGAGACCGACGCCCUCGCCCUACAGGCCCUGGGCCGCCUCGUACCGGGUCUGCUGCGCUGCAAGGCCGAUCGCGCAGACCGCGAUGCCCACCUGCAGUGCCAGCUGGGGAGCGUGGAUGCCAUGGCGGCGUGCACGACGGGCGCUGUGGCCGUGCAGCUGGGUGCGAGUCAUGGAAUUGGGCAUCAGGUAGCCCCCUCCCCUUCUCGCCUUUGCUCUACUGGAGGAAUGAUGCACUGA